CUACAACGACCACCAACAGAAAUAGAAAAAUGAAAAAAAGAAAUGUCAAACAUUUUUAAUAGAAAAGACCACUCUCUUUAAGAAGAGAGUCUCUCACCACAUUAUAGAAUCUUGAAAACAAACCAUAUUAACCAACUUAGCUCGCCUUAGAAAAACUCUCCCAAAGGACUAAAAUUUCAGCCUAAACACCAAUCCCUCACCACCACUUCCGCUGCCAUUGCCGCCAACAUGUCGGCCAAGGACUGCGGCCACCACGACGAGGAGCGGCACAAGCUGCACCGCCGCCUAUUCGUGGCCGUAUUUGGCUUCGUUAUCUUAGUCCUCUUCAUUAUCUUUCUCAUUUGGCUAAUCCUUAGGCCAACAAAGCCAAGUUUCAUCCUCCAUGAUGCCACUAUCUAUGCUUUCAACGUCUCCUCCCCUAAUAUUUUCCUCACCACCAACAUCCAAAUUACCCUCGCCUCUCGCAACCCAAAUAACAAAAUUGGAAUUUACUAUGACAAACUCGAUGUCUAUGCAACUUACCGUGGCCAACAAAUUACCCUUCCUACAUUGCUACCCUCAACUUAUCAGGGACAUAAAGAUGUCACAAUAUGGUCUCCUUUUGUGUAUGGAAACUCAGUCCCCGUUGCGCCAUUCCUUAGUGAAAGUCUUAACCAAGAUCAGAUGGCUGGAACUGUGUUGAUUAACAUCAAAGUGGAUGGGAGAAUUAGAUGGAAAGUUGGGACAUUUAUUUCAGGGAAGUAUCAUUUGUAUGUAAAUUGUCCAGCUUAUGUUGGAGUUGGGGGUAAGAUGAUUGGAAAUAGUAUUGCAGUUGGAUCAGCUAUGAAGUAUCAGUUAGUACAGAAUUGUCAUGUAGAUGUUUGAGGAACUAAGCCAUGUCAAUUGGCAUCUAUUGUUGGUACUCUCUAUCUCUCACUCCCCACUCCUUUUUUUUUCAGACUGUUUUUACGAUGUAAUAGUAUUGAUGUGUGAGGAUGUAUAAUCCGAGAAAAUGCAGAAUUCUAGGGGAAAAUUAUGGUUAUAGAUUGGUAUUUUCUAGUCAACAUCUGUCCGAAUGUACAUAUUAUAUUUAUACUCAGCUGCUAAUAUAUUGAAGGGUGCUAUCCAUUGUGUAACAUCGAUCC